AUGUCGCACAAGGUAGAUUUAGUCGAUAGAAGACGUGCCUUUCCUGAAUAUUCCGAGGAUUCGGGAUUGAAGCACCGCAGGGGCGUCGGCUCUGACGUAUCCGGGAAAUCGGGCCAGGUUGAGAACGAAAAGCGCGUAAGACGUGAAAUCGCGAAUUGCAACGAACGGCGCCGUAUGCAGAGUAUCAAUGCCGGAUUUGAUAAUCUUCGUGUGCUAUUGCCCCCUGCGCAAGAUGGUGAAAAAUUGAGCAAGGCAACUAUUUUGCAACAAACCGCGAAGUUUAUAAACACCCUUCUGAUGAAAGUGAGUGCCCUUGAGCAUGAAGUAGCUGUUUACCGUCGAACGUCUGGCUUACCUGCACCGACUGUCCUUGCUGACAUAACUGAGGAGGUGGCAACUGGUUUUGUUAGGAAGCGUCGGUCUGAGGAUCGUGGAAAACCGUUUGAACCCUUGAAAAUGCCUAAACCUGGUCCUGAUACCGACGCUGCGCUUCUUGAUCUCGAUGAUGGGAACACUUCGGGCCGCUCGUCCGAAUGCUACGAUGGAAACUUUGGAUUUUCGCCUUCGUCGAAUGCCCGCCUGCCAUCUGCUUCACCAGCCGAGAGUACUGCGAACACUGCUGCUCGUUUGGAGCAUCUUGUAAUGGCUAUCGAACAGAUUGAGGGUGCUCCUGCUAACACUCCUCCACAGCUGAUGGAAAAGCAGGCCCCUGUUAAUGAACCACUCACUUAUGUUCCACAGGAACCAACUAUCUACUAUAAGUUUCCGGACUCCGUUCCGGAGUUGAGACCUUUUACGUAUGGUAUAAAUUCAACAGAUCCAGGUGUUACCAAGCAGAAUAUGAACUCGUUUACGGAAGAAUUCGUAUUGAACUCGACACCACCUGCUCUCCAGCCGACCCUUGUCCCUGUAUGCGAGGAUAAAAACGCAAAAGAGAUUACCGUGGAUGAUUACCACCCCGUAGCCAAGCUGCUGAAUCGUCCGAUUCCCCACAAAUAUCUUCAUCGGCCCCAAGUUGUGGUGAACAACUCUCAUUAA